AUGCCAGAGAGUGACGGCUUAAAGCCCGAGGAUUUCCCCCUCUGUUUCACCUCGUUUCCCUCCCUGGUUCCCCUCGUUUCCCCCUCUUCCUCCCCUUGUUACAACUUCCUAUCUCUCGCUUUCCCUCUCCCGCUCUUCCCUAUCUCCCCUCUUCCCUAUCUCCCCUCUUCCCUAUCUCCCCUCUUCCCUAUCUCCCCUCUUCCCUAUCCUCCCUCUUCCCUAUGCUCUUUUUCUUCUUUCCCUCUCACUCUCUUCCUGUCUCCUCCUUCCCUUUCCUCCCCUCUUCCUAUCCCCUUUCCUCCCCUCUUCCUAUCCCCUUUCCUCCCCUCUUCCUAUCCCCUUUCCCAUCGUCUUAUCUCCCCCUUUCCCUUCCCCCCUGCUUCUCUCUUCUCUUCACCCUCUUCCCUGUCUCCCCUAUCUCCUCUCUUCUAA